AUGGCCAUCCUCAAUCCCGUCUACGCGCUCAUAGUGCCCUUCCUUUUCGUGGUCACCAUGCCCCUGGCCAUCUUCGCCGGCAUAACCACCACCCUCGCAUUCACCGUCCUGAUGUUCCGCGUCGCAGUCGUCUAUGUCGACAUAGCAGUCAACAUGGUCCCGCAGUAUCUGACCGGACGACGGGUUUACCCCUUUCCCAGAGGCUACACGAACGCCCUCCUCGCACCCACAGAGGCCUCAUCAAACCUGCCACCCUCCCCCGUCGGAAGUGGCAGUAGCUCGCCUGUUACGAGCAGGCAGGUCGUGCGACAUCACCGCAGGCGGCGGACUAGCGGCGCCAGUCUGCACUCGGUGGGUUCCAUCACGCCCGUUGACGACCAUGGCAAUGGCUUCAACGCCGGCAGCAAGCGCAACUCCUUCAUGAUGGUUCCCUCCAUUGGCAUGGACCGCGACUUCGAGGGCGUCGGGGGCUGGCGGCUAGGAGGCAAGAACCCAGACGAGGACGACGACGCAUGGACGCACAUCAACUCGCGCCUGGAGCUGCCCCUCGAAUUCCAGAGGAAGCACCACCAGAGGUCGCCAUCUGGAGGCGGGUCGACGACUCCUGGCGGUACUGGCGGCGAGUACCUGAUGAUGAAGAGCCCGUCCGCGGCGAGGUCACAAGAACGGUCGCCCGAGAAGGGCGGCAAGAGGGGCAAGGAGAAAAAGGACAAGGACGGUGGCAUGUCGCCAAAUAGUUCGAGGAUCCGUACGCCGACAAAUACAAUGCCGCCCCCUUUGACGACGGUGGCUGAGGGCGACGGGUAUUUUCCGCGUGUACCAAAAGGCUGA